GUAAAAAGACUUCCGGGUCAGGUCAACGUGGGGGGAAAAAAACCCAACAAAAAACACAUUACUAAAAAUGGCACAAGGUACACAAAAAUUUAAAGCUCAGCGUCCAGGAGCCUCGAAGAAACCUCAACAAAGCAAGCAGAAAGGCCCAAAGAAAGGAGGCAGGAUAAUUGCUCCCAAGAAAGCUCAAGUUGUCCAACAGCAGAAACUAAAAAAGGGUCUUGAAGUGGCCAUUCGUAACAGGAUUGAGCAGGAGGUGACACAGAAAGCCAGCACUUCUCUGCAUAAACCUCUAUCUGUGAUUAAAGCCCCCCAGACCAAAGACCCCAAAGGAUCAACACAACCAGGAAACAGCUCAAAGUAGAAUCUCACCAUUUAAACUGGACUGAACUGGAUUGUCAUGAAUAACGAUCAUACUACUAGAUCAUAAGGCAUGAAGAAAAUGGACCACGUUUUGAUAUUGCAAACAAAGACCCAACAGUGAUGAUUAAUGUAUUUCUUGAUACCUAUUAAUAACUAGAUGUAAAGGACAAAUUCAAUAGUAUCAUUGGAUUAGUAGUGAGAAAUGUAUAUCAUUUAUUUGGAAAAGACCCAGACCUCACUAUCAGCUUACCCCAAGGUUAACUGUGUUGGGCGCUUGAUAAGGCUUUUAAAUCAAGGUUAGGCCACAUCAGACAUUUGUUCUGUGAACAUUUAUUCAAAGUUGGCAAACUACAUUCUUUAUCAAAUACACUGUUAGUAUUGACAUUUACACAAUCCGACAAGUACACUUGAUUUUUCUAUUUACUUAGUGUUUGGCAUAUAUAAUGUAGGUGAACCAUAAUAACUUUUACAAAACACAUGUAUACUGUAGUAAUUAAUAUUCUACAUACAAAGAUUCAGAACAACAAGGAUGAUAUUAGUAGAUCAUGAAAUACAAUUUUAUUUCCUUAGCACAUUAGCUCUGUAACUAAUAUGAGAGAGAUACUAUUAUACUACUAUUGAUCCUGACUGAAAUUCAAAUUUGACCAUUUCUGUAGCUAAUAUGCCCGAAUUGUCUCCAUGCAGUAGGUAGAACGCAGGAAUCGAGGAAAGGAGUCCUUGGCCAUCAGAUUGAAGAUCUUUUGCUGUGCUAUGUUGAAUGUAUCAGAGCUGGGAGAGUCCAUCAGACUCAGUAGCGCCUCCCUGGUCUCAGCAUCCAGGUUCACCUACAGGACAAACGGCCCCCUGAAUAUCUCAAAUGCAACACAAUUUUAUACAAACAUGGUGGCGCAGUGUAUGACAAAAUAAGACAAUAUUCAUAUCACAGAAGCUAGAUUUUAGUAUAAUUGUAAAGCCUUCUACCUUUUGCAUAUUUUCUUAUAGAGCCUAUAAUAUGAAAAACUUUGUCUGAUGGAAAUUGUCUUAAUUUAUUCACAUUUAGUUCACUGACCUCCUGGGGAGCAUCGGGAUUAAUAAACUGGUUGUAGAUGCCA